AUGGUGCUGCGGGCAGCAGGGGUGUUGGCCACUGCGGCGCUGCAAGCGGACGCAAUUUCGACGGCCUCCCUGAGGGCAUCUCCAUCAGGACCGUUGGACGAGCCCUUCGACGAUUUCUACGUCUUCGACCCGUACGAUCCGCAGUCAUCGGCAGAUGGGGAUGCGCCCGUGGGCGUCAGGUGGACACCUCCGCCUCGCAACGGCGAAUUCCCCUUCAGAGGCCCCCACGAGGGGAAGCGCUGGGAAAACCGCAUGCUCAUCGUGCCCGACAAGAAAUUUGCCUUCUGCUACAUAGAGAAGAACGCAUGCACACAAUUCAACAGGAUGGUGAACGCCUUGAAUGGUAUGUCGAGUUCGGACGCAAUUCCCUUUUGGAAAUCGAACUCGGAGGGCCGCCACUUCAAGGAGUAUCUAAAUGACGGGCUGAGCAACAUCUCCAAAGCCAACGGCUGGAAGCUGGGCAUCUUCCUGCGCGACCCCGCCGAACGCUUCCUCUCCGCCUGGCUGUCCAAGUGCGACGCCUGGGAGUACGGGGGCAUCGACUGCCUCGGCCCUCGUGUCUCCGACCUGCCCCAGGACAAGAAGGUGGAGAUGUUCGAGAAGAUGGUGCUCGAGCUGCUCCCGCAGUACAUGGCCAGGGUGCAGGCGCUCGGCGAGUACAACGCCCACUACGACCCGCAGCACAUCUUCUGCGGCGGCAAGCGCAUCGAGGAGUACGACUUCGUGGGGGAGCUGACGGGGUCCCCGGCGCACAUCGAGAAGCAGGUGGUGGACAUGCUGAAGCGCGAUGCUGGCAUGAAAGACUCAGACCCCCUGAUGGACAUUCCGCGCGAACUCUUCCCGUCAAAGAGCACAGCAGGUCACGGGACAGGUUCUACGAGCUUGGUGAAGCAGUUCUACCGGAACCGCACGAUCUACAACAAGGUGGUGGAGCUCUACCAGGAAGACUACCGCUGGGCGCCCUCCGUGUUCAAGCCCUAG